AUGGCCAUCGAAACCUAUAAUCUCUAUCAUUAUGAUCCUUCCCUCGUUGCCGCCGUGGCCGCAACAGUAUGCUUUGGUGUAGUCACAGCCUUACAUUUGAUCCGCCUGCUGAUCGGCCGUAUCUUCUUUUUCACACCUUUCGUUAUUGGGGGGAUUUUUGAGACCGUGGGGUAUAUCGGACGAGUCAUCAAUAGCAAGGAGACGCCCAAUUGGGCAACGGGCCCUUACAUUAUGCAGUCGUUGCUACUGUUGGUUGCUCCGGCUUUUUUUGCGGCCUCGAUUUACAUCACGCUCGGCCGAAUCAUCGUGUUCACUGAUGGUCAUUCAAGAUCUCCUAUCCCUGGACGAUGGAUCACCCGAACAUUUGUAGUUGGUGAUAUUAUCUCCUUCUUCGUGCAGGCCGGUGGUGGUGGGCUACUCGCCCAGGCCAAAACAGCUAAGUCCCAAAAAGUAGGCAAGUGGAUAAUCGUCGCCGGCUUAGGAAUUCAGAUUGUCUUUUUUGCGGUCUUUAUUCUUAUUUCAGCCAUUUUUCACUUCCGAAUGGUUACCAACCCGCCUCAAGGCAGGCAAGUUCGCACUAUGCCAUGGCAACGGUUUCUAUACGUUCUUUAUGUAGCCAACGGUCUCAUUCUCGGGAGAUCAGCAUUUCGAAUGGUCGAAUUUUUGCAAGGCACCAACGGCGCUCUACAAGCCCAUGAGUUUUGGCUGUAUAUUUUUGACGGUGCCCUGAUGUUCAUCAUGAUGGUCAUACUGUUAAUAUUCCAUCCGAGUCGGAUUCUAUCUUCUAAAAAGUGCAGCGGACGAGGUACUAGAAGACGCCGCCGCAAGAGAACCCACUCAAAAAGUGACCGGCGGAGACGCAGUCAAAGAAACACUCGGACACACAGUCGAACACACAGUCGAAGACGUGAUACGUCCCACCAUCGUUAUUGGUAUCCUUCUGAGCAAGAACAGUUUGGACAAGAGCUCGGAGUUAAGAGUCAUUGA